GCAUACUGGUCAUUUAAAAUAUCAAUCAAAUGCUAUCCUGGCGAGUAAAUGUGGUUAUUCCCUCCCCCUUUCGUUGUCAGGUGUUUUAUAGAAAAGUGCUCUUGAAAAGGUGCCUACACGGAACUUCCAUAACGCCUGGUGCUGUCCGAUCCUAGGGGCCAUGGAGGGCACUGAUCUGCAGGAGAAGCAUGAUGCUGCCUUGGCCUGGUUCUCCCAGUUCCAGCUUGGCUGUGUCAUCAGGAACGGAGUCAUUCCCGAUUGGUUCCAUGGCAUUAUAAGCAGGAAGGCUGCAGAGGAAAUGCUACUGUCCAAACCUGCAGGCUACUUCCUGAUUCGUCUCAGUGAGAGCAGAAUGGGCUUCACCCUGUCAUAUCGAGCUGAGGAUCGUUGCCGCCACUUCAUGAUUGAUCUGCUAAAGAAUGGCCAGUACAUCAUUGUAGGGGAGAACAUCAAUCACAGGUCAUUGGAGGACUUGGUAGCCUUCCACCGGCGUGUGCCAAUUCUGCCAUUCAAUGAGCUGCUGACUGUUGCCUGUGGACAGGUCUCCAAAGACCAGACUGAUUAUGCAGAGUUACUGUUUCCCCAGAGGAAACCUCUGAAUCCCAAACCUGGUGCAUUUUCAUCCAACGCUCAUCACAAUAGCAAUACUGGUCAGCUACAGCCAUCCCCUAACAUGCCACCAAGCCCCCUACAGCUUCUUUCUAGGUCAGUCUGUGGACACUCAUCUCAGAGUGUUGCAAACACUGCUGUUCCCACCAAAUUUAACCCUCCAGGACUGUACCCCUAUCUGGAUGCUGAAGUAGCCAACCUGACUUUGCAGAGCCCAGACACAACAAACAGUGUCAAACCAGUUCCACUGCCCAGAAAGAAACUGCACUCCGUCAACAGUGUCCCGCUGGAGCAGGCUCCAGAAUUACCUUCCAGAAACUUCCUUCUAAAGAGAAAUGAGCAGUCCAACGGUGGUCCCCAGCAGCUCUCGACACCCGGGCCGGCGUGCAGUGAAGCGCAGCCCGGCCUCAACUGCAGGUCUCCCACUCCCAACCAGCAGAGAAGCGCGGGUGCGAAAUCAGUCGUUGCUAUCUUGACGCAGCUAAAGAGAAGGUCCCAGGCGAAGGGCGGAGCCCCAGAGGAGCACGUUUACGCUGAGCUCACGGAGGCGGAGCUUUCCUUCACAGCUCCGGAGGGCAGCGUGGGAAAGGAGCCUGUCAGUGAGCACGUGUACCAGGAGGUCCCAGGGGAAAGACUGGCCACUGAGACCAACACCAGCCCUGUACCCAACGCUGCUGCCCCGGCUGUAUCAACAGACAGCGUGCCGGAGGAGUACCUGACCCCUCCUCCGUUUGCUCCGGGUUACUGACGCCUUUCACAGAACCGGCUCACCGGACUCUGAGUGAAGUGUUCUGGAUCUCGAGCACGUGCAGUGCUUUGAAACGCCAGAGAGUCCCGCGUGGGCAACCAGUGCUUUUCUCUGUAAUGAUCAGGAGAUGAGUGCUGCAUCGGGGGGAAUUUACUCUGGAUGAAUGGGAGGCUGACUUCCCAUUAAAUAACAUUUCAGACGAAAAUCUCAUAACAAACUUUGUAAUGUCUGAGAAUCUUUUGUUAAAAUGUCCUCCAAAUUAUUUUAAUACCUAUUGCUAUUUUUUAUAAUUCCUCCAUAUUUACUUUAAUUAUUCAGCUAAAAUAAGAACAUUAAGAUAAUAUUUAUUCCUUUUUAGAUUGUGCAAUAAUUUAUAUUACAGGAAAUUGACAAUAGCAUAAUUAUUUUUCAUGUCUAUAUCAUGAGAAAAAUGCUGUUAUUACUGAGAUGUCAUGAAUGGCAUGAAGAGUUCCAAAAUAUUUUCUUUGCACUGCAAUACAAUAUUUGUUUUAUCAUUAUAUGUACUUGUGUUUUUUUUUUUUUUUGUACAUAAAGCUUAAGAAGUGCAACAUCGUGAUUAGCAUACACAUUUAAAAUGUAUUUCUGUCCAUAGUUUCAAUAUGUGAGCAAGACAAAGACAUUCACACAAAUAUUUGUGUGAGUUUCACACAAAACCAUCUGCUGUUUUGUUGAUAUUACAUGCUCAACAUCUUCUCACCUUAAAGCAGCUGGUAUGGUUUUUCCCAGGUACAGUGAAUCUGCCUGCUAUUGCAUUUUCUGUGUUGUACCCUUAAGCAACACUUUUGUUUAUUUUUGACAAUGUUUUUCAUUCAUCAUUGUGGGAUAGGCUGUCUUAUACUUUAUCUCCUGUGGGGUUAUGUUACAGACAAUGUUUCCAUAAUCAUUUACUUGAAUUACCUGUUUGACAAGAAAGAAAAUGAAACUGCACCUGUAAGAUAUUGGUGAUCAUGUUUGCAUUUCAUUGCUAGAGCUAUUCUAAAAAAACCAUUGACUGAAUGUCUGACUGUCAGGUACAAUAAAUGAGGUAAAAGGCCUCUUAAACAUG